UCGGCUAGCCUUCCGUUCCGUCUCUUUCUUUCGUAACGCGCACGUCGCUUUGAGUAGACGUGGCUGCCGCAAUUUAAUCUGCUAAUUUCUUUAGCAUCUUUCAAUAAAAUCGUUUGAAAAUGGUUGUUAAGAAGCCAAGGCCAAAGAAGAAGCCAGUCACCAAGAAGGUUGCUCCGGCACCAUUGGCUGUAAAGAAGCCAGUUGUCAAGAAGGUUGUCAACCAGCUCUUCGAGAAGCGUCCUAAGAACUUUGGCAUCGGACAAAACAUUCAGCCCAAACGCGAUUUGUCACGCUUCGUCAGAUGGCCUAAAUACAUUCGCGUGCAGCGCCAGAAGGCCGUGCUGCAGAAGCGCUUGAAGGUGCCCCCACCAAUUCACCAGUUCAGCCAGACCCUGGACAAGACCACUGCUGUGAAGCUAUUCAAGCUGCUGGAGAAAUACCGCCCAGAGUCGCCAUUGGCCAAGAAACAGCGCUUGAAGAAAAUUGCUGAGGCUAAGGCCAAGGGCAAGGAUGUAGAGCCCAAGAAGAAGCCCAGCUACGUGUCUGCCGGCACCAACACCGUCACCAAGUUGGUUGAGCAAAAGAAGGCUCAAUUGGUUGUCAUCGCUCAUGAUGUCGAUCCUCUCGAGCUGGUUCUCUUCUUGCCUGCCUUGUGCCGCAAGAUGGGCGUGCCCUACUGCAUUGUGAAGGGCAAGGCUCGCCUUGGGCGUCUGGUACGCCGCAAGACCUGCACUGCCGUGGCUUUGACCACUGUCGAGGCCAACGAUAAGGCUAAUUUGGGCAAGGUUCUGGAGGCAGUCAAGACGAACUUCAACGAACGCCACGACGAAAUCCGUCGUCACUGGGGCGGUGGUAUUCUUGGCUCCAAGAGCUUGGCUCGCAUUGCCAAACUGGAGCGCGCCAAGGCUCGCGAGUUGGCUCAAAAGCAGGGCUAAGCAGCUUACAGAUGUAACUAUGCUUAAGGUGGAGAAGUUAUACACAUGGAUGAAAUAAGAACGUGAAUCCUGUUCACUGACAACAAAUAAACAAUAAGUGUACAAUUUUU